AUGUCCUCUUCAUCAGCUCCUGGCACAAAUUUCACAUUUACUGAGGGCAACCUGACCGGACCUGGAGUUAAUCAGGGCAUGCUUUCUGUAACUGCUACUAUUGCCAGUCUGGUUGUUAUUUUACUCAGCAUCAUCACCUGCUCCAUUAAUACGCUAAUGAUUCACAUAUUCAACAAACAUCAAAUCUUCAGGUUCAACCCUCGCUACAUCCUUUUCAUCCACUUGGUGUUAAACGAAACACUCCAGUUGACACUCAGCGUUUCUCUCUACCUCUUUGGCACUUCCUACUUCACCAUCUAUGUCUCACUGUGCGUACUCAUCCUCCUGCCGGCUAUUCUCACCACCAGAAACACUCCAUUGAAUCUGGCCUGCAUGGCAGCAGAAUGUUACAUCUCCGUCUGCUUCCCCCUCCGCCAUGGAAAUAUAUGUACAGUUAAGAAAACCUACAUUGCCAUUGGCAUUAUGUGGGUAAUAAGCUUGCUCACUAUUCUGCCUGAUAUAUUUAUUCUUUUGAUUACUGAAGAGCUGGAAUUUUUGAAAAUGAGAGUUUUCUGUGAUAGGGACAGAGUGUUCAGAAGCAGCUACAGUAAAAGUAAGAGAGAUGUGUCCCACAUAUUUUUUCUGGUGGUGGUUUGUCUCACUCUAUUGUAUACUUAUUUCAGAAUUUUGUUUGUGGCAAAAGCUGCGAGUUCUGAUGCAAAAAAAGCAAGAAACACUAUUCUUCUUCAUGGUUUUCAGAUGUUGAUGUGCAUGACACUGUAUAUGCAAUCUUUGUUAAAGCAGCUCCUCACAUACUUGUUUCCUAAGCAUAGCAUAUCCAUACAGCAUGCUAUUUUUAUAUUAAUCCAGAUUAUUCCUCGUUGUCUAAGUCCUGUUGUUUAUGGGAUACGAGAUAAGACUUUCAGAAUGUACUAUAAAAAGUACUUCAUGUGUUUCCAAGCAAAAGCAACAAGGGUACAAAUCUAA